CUCGCCGCUGCUCCGCGUUUGUGGAAACUCUUUGAUCGCGACCGACAGCUGGACUUCACAAGUUCAAAAGAAGGAGAAAGAAGUUAAAGAGUUUUAAUGUCUGGGCUUUCCUCUGUCAUGUCAAGCGUCGAUUGUAUAUGAACCGUGGACUGGACGAUUCAUUGUUGGAAGCGGGAGCACAUUUGUGUGAAUUACCGACUCCGAAAAGAAACCAUAUCUGGUCAAAGUAUUCAGCUGUCACAUGCGCUAUAUAUAGUGCGGGAUAAGCGCUGACUGAAGUCCUGUGACCAGGGGCUCAUCUGUUCCUGCCGGUCAGUCCUUUGUUUCUUUUCGUCUGUUCCCUCCUCCCUUUUAUCUCGGUCAUCAUGUACCGUAAGGAGAUGGAGAAGUAUCGGGAUGUGGAUGAGGACGAGCUCUUGCAGAAUCUCAGUGAGGAAGAACUUCGAAGACUUGAAGAUGAACUCGAAGAACUUGAUCCUGAUAACGCCCUGUUGCCGGCAGGAUUCAGACAGAAGGAUCAAACGAAGAAAGCUCCAACCGGAAUGUUCCAGAGAGAUAACCUGGUUGCACACCUGGAGAAACAGGCCAAAGAACACCCAGACCGCGAUGAUCUUGUUCCCUUCACUGGCGAGAAGAGAGGAAAAACAUGGGUGCCUAAGACAAAAGUUGUUGAUCCUAUCCUGGAAGAUGUCACACUGGAGCCCGAACUAGAAGAGGCGUUAUCUAAUGCUACUGACGCAGAGCUUUGUGAUAUAGCAGCUAUUUUGGGCAUGCACACAUUGAUGAGUAAUCAGCAGUAUUAUGAAGCAUUGGCCAGCAGUAACAUUGUCAACAAACAAGGCUUGAACAGUGUAAUUCAGUGUGCUCAGUAUAAACCAGUUCCAGAUGAACAGCCCAAUGACACAGAUGUGGAGGAAACACUGCAGAGGAUCAAGAGCAAUGAUCCAGAUCUGACAGAGGUCAACUUAAACAACAUUAAGAAUAUUCCAAUUCCAACUUUGAAAGCGUAUGCUGAAGCUCUUAAAGAGAACAUAGUCGUGGAGCGCCUGAGCAUCGUUGGUACCAGAAGUAAUGAUCCUGUUGCCUAUGCCCUUGCAGACAUGUUGACAGUAAACACCACUCUGAAGAGUCUAAACGUGGAGUCAAACUUCAUCACCGGAGCUGGAAUCCUGGCGCUCGUAGAAUCCUUAAAAGGCAACUCUACACUACAGGAGCUCAAAAUCGACAAUCAGAGCCAGCCUCUGGGUAACAAGGUGGAAAUGGAAAUAGCUAACAUUUUGGAGAAGAACAGUACUCUGCUAAAGUUCGGGUACCACUUCACCCAGCAGGGCCCACGCUUGCGCGGAUCCAAUGCUGUGAUGAACAACAAUGACCUGGCGCGCGUAGUUCGGUCGGACUCAGAUGGCGCGAUCACGUUUACUCUGUCAGUUCCCGAGCUGGAAAGAGCCUUCUGUAGAAAGUUCAAGUUCUCGACAAAACCCAAUAAGAAAGAGAAGGCUUGAAGGAGGACCCAUCUUCCCCAAGUGUCGGACAAACGUGUAGACGCAGCAGCAGGAAGCCCUCUACGGCAUGGGACCUGCGCCAGCCUACAUCCCAUCCCAUCGCAUCUCAUCCCAUAUCCUCCACCCGUUUCUGUCUCUUUCACGGAUACAGUAACACAGGGCUUCACUGUUUCUCUGCUGACAUCUAUCCCACGUAGUCAAAUACACGGUCUUAGACCUUCUUCACCAAUCUAUAGGAACCUUUAACCCCUGGAAACAUGUAAGGUACCACCGUAUGUUUACCGUUCACACAGUUACUCAUGGCGGAGUGCUUUAAAAAGAAAUUCAACCACCUGCCAUAACAUUAGCAGAGAAAAAUCACCUACCAGUGUAGACGAAAAUGAGGCUCCGUUUUUCGAAUGGUACCCGGCUGACCUGUUUUUCUUACUGUAAACAGUUUGACCCCAAAGCCAGGUGUUGUCUUUGUGUGUUGGUUUUUACAGCAUUGUCUAGCUAUAGACCUGACCGACUGCCUUGUUUGAAUUCACCGUAGUGGUUGUACUCACACAAACACACACCUUGCAUAGAAGCAUGUUGUUAAUGUGUGAUUUUACGUUAUUCUGUAUGUGUGACAUGUUCUGGUGUGUUACUUUUACAAGUACAAACUAUAUUUUGUUACAGUGAUACCUUAAGGUUGCAUUUACGUGUUUUGAUUAGGCAUUCAUGUUUAGCUACCGAUCACAUGACCUUCACUGUCUGCACUCCCAUUGGUAGUUGCACAUUUGGAUGAGUUUCCUCACCUGUGGUCUCGGUCGUCUCAUCAGUUCUCAUCAAAAAUAAAUAACUUCCAGUUGCAGGUUUAAUUUUUUUUUAAACUCACAGUGCUAUGUAUUUGCACAACUACCAUAUAUUUAUGCGAUAAUUUAUUAUAGUACAUUUGUUGUUAUUUGUUUGAGGAAGAAUAGCAUUUUUUCAAAGUGAGGUCAAGCUCAUGUCUUUCAGUUUGCACAAUUAGCAAUAACUAUUUGUUUGUGUCUGAUGUUUUAUGUACUAACUGUCUUGCUGUUUAAUGGCUUAUAAAAAAAGGAAUGUAAUAGAUGUACUGUAUAACAUCUUUAUCAUGGACUCCCCAAAAACCCCGCCCCCCCACACACAUUUCUUACCUUGGAUUGCUAAUCAAAACACAUCAAAUCAGAAAAGUGACCAAACUCACAAAGACGUCUCUGCCUUGGAUGCGUAAAGAAAAUAACACCAAUUUAGUUUGUUGUCCAAGAUGUUUGAUCGGACCUUGCACUUCCAGCCCAGUAAGGAAUAGUUAGUAUGUUUAAUGGAUGACAAUACAACAUUCUGCUGGUGAAAGCAAAGAACAUUUUCAGGUGUUUUUCCAUCUAAAACCAAAAAGGGAAAAUUGUUGAUUGUCUUGCUCUGUGGAUUGGAAGGAGACCCAUAGAGUGCCGAGGCUGGCGAUGCGUAUAUUUUGAUUUUUUUGUUUUAUUAGUAAAUAAAGAUUGAAACUUUUUU